AUUGACAUAAACAAGCUCGCCCAGAAUAGCAACAGCCUGUGUCACUGAAAAGGGCAAAGCCUGCUGGAAGAGAAAGAAAAAGUUGCUCACGGAUUGCUUGGCUACUUUCAGAUUUUAAUCAGCUUCUGUGACAUGCUGCCAUGAUCAGGAGCAGAGUAGGGACCACCAGCUUUGACAGCAAGGGUAAAACUGUCACCCGGUAGAGACCUUCAGCACCUAGAAGCAAAGUUGGAGAGCUGUUCCAUAGCCAUGAUACCUGUGCAGAACACAGAGGACCUCAACCAGCAAUGCCAGAAAAUAGGAGAGGAGUUGAACCAAUGCAGCAACAACCUGCACAAGCUUCCUGCUCAAACAGGAUUUGGAAAGCUUACUCUUCUGUCAUCUGCCAUUGCUGCUAUCAGUGGCCUUAUGAUGGGUUACGAACUAGGAGUUAUCUCUGGAGCUCUUCUUCAGCUAACCAGCAUACUAGUGCUUUCAUGCCGACAACAGGAAAUAGUUGUAAGUGCUCUUCUCAUUGGUGCCUUGCUGGCUUCAUUAACUGGUGGGAUUCUGAUCGACAAAUAUGGGAGGCGAGUUACCAUUAUGUUAGCAUCUUGUUUACUUGUACUGGGCAGUCUGAUGCUGAUACUGUUUGCCUCAUAUGGACUACUUAUAGUAGGACGGAUUGCAAUAGGGGUUUCCAUUUCACUCUCUUCCACUGCAACAUGCGUGUAUAUUGCAGAGAUUGCCCCACAGCACAGAAGAGGCUUGCUUGUGUCUUUGAAUGAACUCAUGAUCGUAAUGGGUAUCCUUUUUGCCUAUGUUUCAAAUUAUGCCUUUGCCAGUGUUUCCCAUGGGUGGAAGUACAUGUUUGGCCUCAUCGUUCCAUUGGGAAUUUUACAAGCCAUUGCUUUGUAUUACCUUCUGCCGAGUCCUCGUUUCCUGGUUAUGAAAGGCUUGGAUGAAGCUGCUAGCAAAGUACUUGGAAAACUCAGGACAACUUCAGACACUACUGAAGAACUCGCUAUGAUCAAAUCGUCCUUGAAAGAUGAGCACCGGUACUGUUUCUUGGAUCUGUUCCGUUCAAAAGACAACAUGAGGGCUCGGAUGCUGAUAGGAUUCAUUUUAGUGUUUUUUGUACAAACAACAGGGCAACCUAACAUCUUAUAUUAUGCAUCCACCAUUUUGAAAUCAGUUGGAUUCCAGAGCAAUGAGGCAGCUAGUCUGGCCUCUACCGGUGUUGGAGUGGUCAAAGUGGUCAGUACAAUCCCAGCCACCCUUUUUGUGGACCAAAUAGGAAGCAAGACAUUUCUCUGUAUUGGUUCAUCCCUCAUGUCUGUGUCAUUAUUCACCAUGGGAUUGGUGAUACUUAAUAUACACGUGAAUUUUACUACUGUCUGUCGAAACCAGUCCUUGGAAGAUACCACCUUCAAUGGAGUGGGAAAACUGACCUCCACAAAUGAAACUCUUAAGGAGCAAUUUGUUAGCAUGGCUUUAUCUAGCAAAAAUUCACAAUGGAAGGCUAACAUUGCUAAUGUGGAGGAGCAGAACAGGACAGCCUGGGUAGGGGGGCGAGCCCCUGCCACAAGCCAAGCAGAAUCCCAGGUGGCAACAGGAGCUAUGGAAGUUCCAUCAGCUCUGAAAUGGCUUUCUUUGGCUGGCCUGCUAGUUUACGUUGCUGCUUUCUCCAUAGGACUUGGACCAAUGUCUUGGCUAGUAUUGAGUGAAAUAUUUCCUGGCGGGAUCAGAGGAAGAGCAAUUGCUCUAACCUCCAGCAUGAACUGGGGUGUUAAUCUCCUAAUCUCAUCAACCUUUUUGACUGUAACAGAUCGUAUUGGCUUACCAUGGGUCUGUUUCAUUUAUGCACUGAUGAGCCUAGCAUCAUUAGUGUUUGUCAUUGCCUUUAUACCCGAGACAAAAGGAUGCUCCUUAGAGCAAAUAUCUAUGAAACUGGCAAAACAAAAACAGGCAGCGAAUACUCUGUGUUGGAGAGGCCAGUGGCAAGAUCAAUUGAUGCCUAUAGAACUUCCUACCAAAGAAGUCCAUGAACAAUUCUACUAGACAGAGCCAGGUGCACAACCCCCAUGCCAGAGCAGCUGUUGUUUUUUUAGAGGACAAAAUGGUAAAACACUCAAGAAUGCUGACACUCAUGUUUAGUCUUUUGCUCUAACUUAGGUUUUCUGUAUUUUUAUUCAAUGGACUCCAUAAAAAAAAUUCACUCUAAAGCACAAAUCUCUCAAAUAUUAUCUUCCUAUGGCAGGGGAACUGGAUAUAAGCAUAUCCUCCAUAUUGUAUCUCCAUAAACCAAAGAAGUGUCUUUCAUCAGUUGUUUAGGGCUUAUGGAUCUGACCAAAAUGGAUCUGGGCAUGUCUGGAUUAUAGGUGGGGUAGUUUUUUAAUUAUUUUUAAAUUCUGUAACCCACCCUGAAACCUUCUGGUAAAGGGUGGGUAAGAAACACUAAUAAUAAUAGUAAAAUACUAUGCAUCAGUUUGUAAUGCUAAAAGUUUAGCAUUACGAUCAAACUAAAGCACAUCUUAUGAUGCCCAGAUCCAGUAUGGUCAGACAGCAGCUAAACCAUGAUUUAGGACUAUGUGAAUGAGCCUGCUUGAGCACUCACUCACCUCCAGCAUGGCAGUGAGGAGAUGGGAAGCAUCUGCUUCCUAGUUUAAAUAAACCACAAACUAAGCAGUUUGGCCCUCUUGGGUCGCAACAGUAAGUUGAUCAGUUUAAAGGAGGAAGAAGAUGCUGCCAAUCCCUCCCUUGUGACCACACUACAAGAGGGGAAGUGCAUCAAGGCUUAGUCCCAUGGCACUAAACUAUGAAGUCCUCAACAAACCUUUCUGUUGUGUCUUGAAAGACUGCACCAGGGGUGGAGAAACUUUGGCCGUUCAGAUGUUGCUGAACUACAACCCAUCAGCCCUAGCAAGCAUCUGGAGGGCCAGGAUCCCCACACUUGGACAAUGCAAACUUGAAACAUUAGCAAACCUUGGGCAUUAACUAAGGUGGCUAACCUGUGGCCCAACAACUCACAUAUCCCUGACCGUUGGCCACGGUGGCUAGUGCUUAUAGGAGUCCAACAUCUGGAAGGCCACAAAUUAGUCACCCCUGGGCUACAGCUUCUCUAGCAAAACGCCAAGAACAAUAAAGUAUGUUCCUAUUAAAGGCGUAAAGACAAGUUCACUUUUUUUAAAAGUGACUUAACUACUGUGUUUAAAUGGCCUUUUUCAACCAUUGACCUGUUUUUUUCCAACUCCUAUUUUUAAAACUUCAGUAUGGCUAUAGCAGCCCCAAUUUUAAAAACCUAUGGCUAUAGCAGCCCCAAACAUCUGAUCCCCUUCUACCUUAAAUAGGAAGCAAACAAAGCAGAUGAGUACUUGAAACAUUCAUGCCUGAAACACUACCGGUUUGGCAGAUACACAGCAUGGCUCAGUAACAUAUAAUGCAUGAAGCAGCCCAUAAUGGACUGCUGUUGCUCACCAUCCUUGUCCCCCCACUGAUCUGCUAGUCUGUAAAAGUGAUGUCAAUAUCUGUAAACAUAGAUUUGAUCCAGAAAUAUUUUCAUCUGCCACAU